AUGGUCCUCGAAGCCACCAUGCUGGUGCUUGACAACUCCGAAUGGAUGCGAAACGGAGACUACACACCCACGCGCUGGGAAGCGCAGGCAGAUGCUGUCAGCAUGAUCUUUGAUGCCAAGACCAACUCGAAUCCAGAGAGCGAAGUCGGCCUCAUGACCAUGGCCGGCAAGAGCCCCGAAGUGCUCGUGACGCUCACGCAGGACAUUGGCAAGAUCCUCGCAGCCCUUCACCGCAGCAAGAUUGUCGGCAACGCCGAUCUCUCCACUGGCAUCAACGUCGCCUCGCUUGCGCUCAAGCACCGACAGAACAAGAACCAGAGGCAGAGGGUCGUCGUAUUUGUCGGCUCGCCCGUGGAGCAGAGCGAGGAUGACCUGAUCAAGCUCGGAAAGAAGCUCAAGAAGAACAACAUUGCUGUGGACAUUGUCAGCUUCGGAGAGGACGUCGAGAAUGAGAACAAGCUCUCCAAGUUUAUCGAGGCAGUCAACAGCGGUGAGAACAGUCACCUCUUGAGCGUUCCAGCAGGUCCGCAGCUGCUUUCCGAUGUCAUCCUCUCUUCACCUGUCCUGCAAGAGGAGGGCGGCGACUCGGGUGCUGGUCCAUCUGGCAGUGGCGGCGGAGGCAACCAAUUCGAAUUCGGCGUUGAUCCAAGCAUGGAUCCCGAGCUGGCCAUGGCACUGCGCCUCUCGCUCGAGGAAGAACAGGCCCGACAGAGGGCUGCCGAAGGUACCUCGUCCGGUUCGCAGGCUCCGACGCUGCCUACUGUUUCGGAAGGAGCCGAGGGUUCAGCAGCACCAGCACCAGCACCAGCACCAGCAACAGGAUCGGCUGCUGGAUUGGCCGGUAGCGGGUCGAUGGUGGUCAAAGGGGCCGAGUCCAUCACCGGCGAAGGCCGCAACGCAGACGACGAGUCGGAAGAUGCGAUGUUGCAGAAAGCCAUCGCUCUCUCUCAAGCCGGGGAGGCUUCGCACACAAACGACGAAGACGUGGAUAUGACAUCAGCAGAGCCUUCGGGCGCGAGACGAGCGCUCGUUGCCGGACAAGGCGAAGGCGAGGAGGAUGAAGAGAUGGACGAGGACGAGGCGAUCGCAAGGGCCAUCCAGAUGAGUCUGCAGGAGGGCGAGGGUCAAGGAGAGAGCAAGUAG